UUCUCUCCCGGAACUAAGAUGAUUUUGUUGCCUUUAUAUGCUCUCCACCUGUGGCCAAAACAGGCUCAUGGGAAAACACACAACUUUCUCUUUCACUCAACCACACAAACAAUAAAGCGACUGGACCAGCGUGACGAGAUACUUCAUCUCAGAGGAAGAGCCUACAAUAUAUCAUAGGCUACUACGUGGAGGUGCAUUUGUGCCAAUUUUUUGCACCUCGUCGCCUCUUUCAAUUCUUGCAAUAAUGAUAAUACGAGGGGGAUUCCGAGGCUUUGUCUCCGGCUGGGCUGGAGUUGUCAUGCUUUGUUUCAUAGUUGGCAUUGCUGGGACAUGUUUCUGUUGCUGGCUCUGUGCCGCAUUGCAAAUUCGAAAAAGGAAAGCACAAUGUUUACGAGAGCUAAAACAGAAAGAUGAAGAAAGAACGGAUGGCGUGGGUGGGAAUGAAAUGUGCACUUUUGACAUGCCACCAAAUGUGAAUGGAGGAGCGGUAAUUGAUGUUCGAAGUGACGACGACAUCUGUCCCUAUCCUCCGGAAGGAUUUAGGUCACCAAUGCCCAUGCCAAAAGUUUAAACCUUGUUCCUGAUGAAACUCUUACAUACUCAUAUCGAUCUUAACGUCUUUCCCUGUCAAAUGACAUACACAACCCGUUUGAUUCAAAUAAACCCUGUGAUAUAAUUUAGAUAAUCUUAACUUAUUUAUGCCUGGUUUAUGUCUCACUUUUUACUCAAAGCUAUUCCUAUCCAGUCCAAGGGAAACAAUACAUUAUACAUAGGAUAGGAAUACCGUUAAGUAAAAAGUUGAGCAUAAAUUAUGUACAUUGAGUGAAUGUGAAUUUAAUAACGUACCUAAGAAAUUAAC